CAAUGGGGGCGAGACACAUGCUGACCUAGGGCCCCUGGAAAGGGCCCUUGGCCGGUCACGUUUGAAGCCAUGGGCAGCGCUGCAUCCAUAGAGCAUCGAUGGCGGAUGGAGAAUGCCACUACUGCAGAGGUGUCAGAGAUAGUGCAGGCACUUACGGAAGAUCAGCAGCUGCUGCUGUUGAAAGCGCUACAUGUCGAGGAAGAGAAAAGAGCGGAAGAAACCAGGCUCUCAGCGUCGCUGAAGGUGAAGAAGGUGAAUAGCGCGAGCGAGGCUUCCAGCCAUAAAAGCCACCUCUAUUUCACCUUACGAGACCGGCCCGCCAUAGUGGAGAACACCGAAAACAUCAGCUAUCACGGGCAUAUCAAGGCAGAGGCUCCGGCCUGCUACGUGUCCUUCCCUGGGAAAUAUGCGGCGGGCUGGGACGCAUUGAUCAAGGAACAGCACGAUCUCAGCGUGGCGUGUGUCUUCCUCUGUACCCCGGAAGACGGCCUUGGACAGCAUAGCAGCAGCCCUGAUGGACGCUGUUAUUGUCAUCAAAUCUAUGGCGAACGGGACUACAAGACCUUUGGGUAUUUGAGGAUUUUGCCGGCAAACUGUAGUGUUGAGGAGGAGAAUCGCCAGAGAACCAAGGCUCUUGCAACCAGAAUGGUGGUGCUACGCGAAGGUGCCAGCAAGGAAGAUCGGGAAGCAGCUGAAAUGGAAGCGCAAAGGGCAUGGGAGGAGAGCGGCAGAACGGCUUCCUGGGGCUGCCAGUGGUUCCAUGUCUGGAAAGAGAAAGUUUCUGCGGCGGUCGCGCUGAAGCAGCGCUUAAAGGUGGUCUUUUUUCCGGGACAGGCGGGGGAGGGCCGAGAAGCUUUUCAUGAUUUGCCACAUGCGGAUCUUUGGAAUGGAGUAGGUUGUGGAGGGAGUCAAAAAUGCGAAAUUGCGUAUUUAGAUCUGAUGAAGAAAGACCAUGGUAACGCCUGGGACUACGAUCAGGUGGAUGUGGGUCACUUUUUGAAGAGUGAGUUCCAGGUGGGUGCGAAGGUGGAUGCCCUUGAUGGUAAAGAAUGGUGUAGAGGCACUUUGGUCACCGUGCCUUCAGCUAUUCCCAAAGAUCCCAAGGAGACCACCUGGACAGUGAGAAACGCGCGCAAUGGAAAAACCUUCGCCACGAACCGCGUCCGCCAUGCGGAUCUGAUCCGAAAGAUGUUGACGGACCUUGGGGAAGAGGAGUUCAUGAAGCUGGUGAAGGGAAUGCUACCUGAAGGAUCUGAAGUGGUGAAGGGUGAAGAGUAUGUCUUACCUCAUGGUACCCCAUGUUUCGCGGUUCGGCUUCGAAUGAAGCACAUUGCGCUGCGUCAACAGAUGCGAAAUUUGGUCUUGAGCAACGAAUUUGAGAUCAAGAUCAACCAAGCUUUGCUUGAGAAACAACAGGGCCAAUGGCAGCUUCAAGUGGACAAGAGCCUUUUCUGCGAGAUCUUUGAAGAAGAACUCCACCGCUCUGAGUUGACUGAACAUCAGCAGGAGAAACUUCGUGCCAUCCAUUCCGCCCUGUCCACCGGCGCCGUUCACCUUUCCGCCGUGGCCGGGGCGGGGAAGACCUUCGUGGCUCUGCAUUUGGUCCUGGACGAGCUGCGGACGAAGAAGCGACAGGUGCUCUUUGUGGCGCCCAGCUUGGGGCUGGGAUUCCAUUUUGUGCGUUGGCUCAUGCAGAGUGCAGAGGAGAUACAGCUGGAUGUUUUAAAGCGCAUGGUCCUGAUGCACUAUCCCUAUGAUUCCUUUCUGAGCUUGGAAGUUGAGGGAAACCGGUUGAAGGCUUUGCCGGUGGCCGCAGCAGCCCAGCUGGAGUUUUCGUUACUGGUGAUCGAUGAGGCGCAUGAAAUCUUCCGUCCAGGCGUCAAUCGCGAGUUUCUGGAGAAGAUUCCGACGCACCAGCGGGUGCUGCUGUCGAGUAGGUCUCAAGCCUCAUCAGGUGGGCUGAAUUUUCCUCAAGUGCCGGAAGUGAAACUCACCCAAGUGGUUCGCAGCAGCAAGAGGAUUGUGGCGGGCGCUGCUGCCUUCCAGGGAAGCUUUGACAAAAAGGAUGUCACGUCAUUGGGUCCGCCAGGUCCACCCUUGAAGACAUUUCUGUUUGAAUCAGGAGCUGAAGACCUACCUGAGUAUGUUUUUUACAGCAUAGCAGCUUUGGGGCAUUUGAUGUGCAACUACAGUGGCCUCAGCUUUCAUAAUCGUCUGGCAUUUCUGGUCCCCGACCUGGACUUUCUGGAGAAAUUUCAGCCUGCGCUGCAAGAGAAGUUGACCACAGACUUUGGUCAACGACACUUCCAGCUCACUUCCUGCGAGGAUUCCUUCUCCAUCCUGUCGACGUCUGAAGGGUCUGAAGGAAGCGAAGUUUUGAUCCUGGACACAGUGGAACACGCCAAGGGCUUGGAGCAUCUCUUCGUGAUUUGCGUUGCUUUGGAUGCCAAGGUGAGGGACUGGCAAACCAACCUCAUCACCCGAUCUCUGAUUUAUCAAGGGAUCACCCGUGCGCAGCUGCACGCGCUUGUGGUGAACCGACUCCUUCGCGAAGGAUGGCUGGAAUUCUUGGGAGUCGUCAGGUUCAAAGAGGAGGCCUUCGAGGAGCCCGCAGCCUUAGCCGAGACCACCAACGCUGCAGCUGCCUGGGCCGUGGAGCAGCGAGAGGAGUUCAGAAGAGGUUCGAAAGAUUCGAAAGUGGACGACUUUGGCUUUCCGUUAUCGGAUGAUUCACCAAAGACCUUGGCUGAAGAAGAACUUCGAAGUCCACCACGGACCGCCCGAGCGAAAAAACCCACGGGCGAUGACACACCUUCUGGGAUGCAGGCGAGGGACUCCUCCGUGUGGGAUACCGAAAACAACGAGAUUCACAGCCCCAUCCAGCAGCUGCGCUUCAAUCCCCUGGACCUGGCACAGGGGGAGGCCUAUAUGGCUGUGAACUGCAUGGAGGAAUUGCUUGCAGCACCCAAGAACAGUGUCCGAGAGAUCAACCUCGGAAGUGACCUCAGAGGCGAAGUUUGGGACCCGAAGCUUCCGGGCCAUGGAGACGCUCGUGUGAAGGCCAUCGCCGAAGCUUUAAAGGUUCAACGUGGCGUCUACACCCUCCGUUUGACGAAGUCAAAGAUAGGUUUGGAGGGGAUGCAGGUACUGACGACCCGGGUGCUGACGGUGAAAACCAUCAAAGAGUUGGACCUCACAGAAAGCUCUCUGGGAGCCGAUGAGGCUGAGGCUCUGGCGGAAGAGUUGAAAGUGAACGAUCGCAUUAAGACUCUGACCCUGACCAACAACAAUCUCGGUGACCAGGGGGCGGAGGCUUUGGCGGAAGCGCUGUUUCUGAAUCGCAACUUGAAGGAUCUCUUCUUGAACCACUGCGAGAUUGGAUUUCCAGGUGCUGAGGCCAUUGUCCGAGCCUGUGCUGCUCAUCCCAGACUCACUGGAGUCAACUUGCAGCAGAACCAUCUGAAGGGCGAGGGCCAAAAGGCCUUCCACCAGUUGGUUCUGGAGGUGGUGAAGGCCCCGACUCCGUGUGAGUCCGCGCGACGAAAAGGUAUGCUGUUGGGAGAUUCAUGCCAUCUGACAAUGGUGGUUUUAAGUCUCUCAAGUUUGUGGCAUCUUGGGGUUCGCUUCCGUGAGAUUUUCGCCAUGCACCUCGCCAGAGGGCGCUUCGCGGCGUGGCGCGGCCGGCGCUUUGGUGCGCAACUGGCGCGGCUGGAACGGCAGCUGGCACGAGCACCGGGCAACGUGGAAAGUCGCAGUCGACUCCUCCUAGCCUAUGCAGGUGAGUUUGCGAGAUGCAAUUUUGGAGGAGUUUUGGACGAGACAUCUGCGGAAUUGCUUCAUUUGGCACAUCUACAUGGCUCGAAGCUUUUGUCCAUUGCAGAUGCUGCAAGGAUUCAAUCCCUGAUGGAGGCCCUUUGGAAUUUGAAGGAUCUAAAGCUGUACCCGCUGAUUGCAGAAUUUGCCGUGACUUUGGCACGCCACGAAGAAUGUCUGUCGGACUUUGAUUGGAAAGGGGAAUUGCAGGAACGCGGAUCUAUGCUUCAUUAUGAAACUGCCUUGCAACUUCUGAAAUCUGUGAACCGCAUGGCAGAGGCUCAGGAGAUUUUUGAUGAGGCAGUUUCGUUGGAACGUGGUGGUCGACGAAUGAUCGCCUGGAGCCAGUUUUACCAGACGCCUUCGGUCUACGUGCGAAGAUUGAGGCCAGUUUCCCCCUGGUGGGAGCCAGGAGAUCUACCACUUGCAGAGGCCUUGGAGGAAAACGUCUCUGAAAUUCGUUCUGAAUUGCAAGGGCUUCUAGCGAAGGGUGGGCAGAUGGUGCUGGAUCCAGCGUAUCCGCGACUGACUUCGGUGGGCGAUUGGGAUGCGAUUCGGUUAUACCACGACAAACGCUGGGACCCCGCUGCUGUUGCUCUGGCGCCCAAGACGACCGAAGUCUUGCGAGACAAACUGCCGGGACUUUCGAAUGGUUUGCCCUACAUCCACCACAACACGGAAGAGGUGUGCUUCUUCCGGAUGACGCCAGGCACCCGAAUUGCCAUGCACAGCGGGGGCUGCAAUGCGCGGGUGAAUCUCAGCCUGGGUCUGUUGGGUUGCAGCGACUCCUUCAUCCAAGUUGCAGGGGAAGAGCGGCAGUGGCGGGAUGGAGAGCUGUUGGCCUUUGACGACAGCUGCGACCAUUCCGCUAGACAUGAUGGUGAGCAGGACCGAUGGGUGCUGCUGGUUGGAGUGAUGCAUCCGGAUUUGGUCAAGCAUCCAGAGAUCUUCAGAGACGCGGGUGUGUGGCGCAGCGAAUAUGAGUCGUAUGGCCCCGAAGUGUGGGAAAAAGAAGUUGAGACUGGAGAUGUGAUGGAGGCACUUGCAAGGGAUCCAACGGCAGAUGGGCUUCACUUGCUGCAGAGGCGCUUCGCAUCCGCCACGAGAUCGCCCUAUUGGUGUGCCUACAUCUCCAAAUAUCACUUCCUGGUGCCUCCCUGUUGGUUUGGUUCCCCCGCUGCCGAGCCUCCGGAGGUUGAGCCGGGCUAUCCUCGCUGGUGCAAACACGUGCCCGAAAGCGUGCGAUUCGUGGUGCUGCCGUGUGCUGAGAACCACAACUCCACGACGAGCACGAGCACAGUUGGUGGCACAGUUGGUGGCACAUCUGGGCUGGUGGCUGACCCUCCGGACCUGUCCCCAGGUCGUCCCACUUGGUGCCAGCACGUGCCCGAGAUGGCUAGGGGGAUGGUGACCAUGUGCCAGAAUCGCACCGCGGAUGACGUGGAUGCCCUGGCGAUCUUUUGGACACUGCAAAAGAAUUCAACAGACCGGUCGGCCAGGUUGGCCAGGUCGGGUCCCCGAUGCAACGCCUGCAACGUCUGCAUCGCUGCAUGCGCGCGAUCCAGCGCCUGGCGCAAAGCCUUGGAAGUGCUCGAGAGGCAUCAGCGGCCGGACAUGAAAAGCUUUGGCGCCACGGCCUUUGCGCUGCGUUUUCGUGGGGACAAGGCCUUGGAGCUCCUGAGCAAGAUGCGACAGGAGCGGCUGCAGCCAGAUUUGGUGGUCCGCACGGCUGUGGCCAAUGCCUGCGAAAGAGCCUUCAUGUGGGAGGCUGCGUUGCAGUUGCUGCCUGCCGAUGCUGCCGAUGCUGUGGCCAUAGGCGCAUUGGCCAGUGCGUUGGCCAAAGGAGCGCGUUGGAGUGACGCCUUACAUCUCUGGUCUUCCUUCGCCACGCCCAACGUGAAAGUGGCGGGUGCGGUAGUGAGUGCUUGUGAACGCGCAGAGCAGUGGACUUGGGCGCUCUCGAUCUUUGGUCAGAUGUUGAUGGAGGGCCCUGCGCCUGAUAUGCCGGUGGCGGAUUCAGUGCUGCGCGCCUGCAGCCGAGGUCUGGCAUGGGAGGUUGCUUGCAGUUUGUUCACCUUGCGCCACAGUUCGUCGAGGAAGGCCAUCUGUUUUGGUGCCCUUGGCUUCAGCGCCGCAGCUGUGGCUUUUGGCAUUGGGAAGCAGUGGCAAGAGAUGUUCAACAUUUUAGAGGGCAUGCAUGGUCAGCGCCUUUCCGCGGAUAUCUCUGCUCUCUCCAUGGCCUUAGGGGAAGCAGAACAACGGGGCUUGCAGGACAGGGAACGUCAACUAUUCGGCAGCCUUUCCUAUGUGGUGCCAGGACUCCAGAGGCUGUCUCACUUGCCGCCCGCGGAAAAAAAGGUGAGAAGAAUCGCCGUCGAGAACCCAAGGGACUUCUUUGGUUGCAGUCAAGAGGACCUGGACCACCGCGACGCGGCGAUUUCAGCGAGCCGCGCCAAAUAUGACCAGCACCGAAGCAAGGAGCUGUCCUUGGGACCGCCCAUAGGCCGCAAGAUCUACGUGUCGAAUCUGCGAUCGAAGGAUGGGCGGAAGCGAGUGCCCAAGCUGACGAUUUUGGACUCCGAGGGAAACAAGUGGAUAACGUUGACAAAAGCAGACGUCGAACAGAUCAUGAAGUGGAAAGAUGAGCUCAACAAGGAGCUGAUCAGAUAUCAAAAGAAAUUGGAGUGA